ACCCCCUCAGUCCUCCUUCCUUUGGGCAUCCCUUCACAGCAUUUGCUUUAGUAGAGCUCCAAGUUUCUUGAUAAUUGUGUUGCAGUCGAGUUAGCUAUCUAGUGUGCCUUGUGUUCAUCAUCGAUCGACCAUGCUGCCCAGAAGCCGAACACUGCCAGCCAGGAUUCAUGAUAGUGUCAAUGAUGAGAAUCGGAACCAGAGAUCGUAUCUGCAAGUGGAAGCACAGCCCAAGAUUGACGAGGACACUGAAAGCCUAAAUCCCGGCCAGUAUAACUCCAAGUGCUUCGACGACGACGGGCGUCUCAAACGAACAGGAACUGUGUGGACUGCGACAUCACACAUAAUAACUGCAGUGAUCGGCUCAGGCGUGCUCUCGCUGGCAUGGGCCAUCGGUCAAUUGGGUUGGAUUGCCGGACCAACGGUGAUGAUCCUCUUCGCUUUCGUCAUCCUCUACACCUCCAAUCUCUUGUGCAACUGCUACAGGACCGGCGACCCCCUCACCGGCCGGAGAAACUACACCUACAUGGAUGCUGUCCGGUCCAACUUAGGAGGAGGACAGGUGAAGCUGUGUGGAGCAAUCCAAUAUGCGAACCUAUUUGGUGUGGCCAUUGGAUACACGAUUGCAGCUUCAAUCAGCAUGAUGGCUAUAAAAAGAUCCAAUUGCUUCCAUUCUAGUGGAGGGGAGGACCCUUGCCACAUGUCGAGCAACAUGUACAUGAUCAUAUUUGGGAUUACGGAGAUUGUGUUCUCCCAGAUUCCAGAUUUUGAUCAAGUUUGGUGGCUGUCUAUUGUGGCCGCCGUCAUGUCCUUCACUUACUCCACCGUUGGCCUCGCCUUAGGCGUUGCUAAGGUCGCAGAGAAUGGAAGUUUCCGGGGCAGCCUUAUGGGGAUAAGCAUAGGUACAGUUACGAAAUCAGGUACGGUAACGACGACGCAGAAGGUAUGGAGAAACUUGCAAGCACUUGGGGACAUUGCCUUCGCCUACUCUUACUCCAUCAUCCUAAUCGAGAUCCAGGAUACGGUCAGGUCUCCACCAGCAGAGAGCAAGACGAUGAAGAAGGCCAGCACGAUCAGCAUCGCAAUCACCACCAUCUUCUACAUGCUCUGUGGCUGCAUGGGCUACGCAGCAUUUGGUGACGAAGCCCCAGGGAACCUGCUCACGGGUUUCGGAUUCUACAACCCUUAUUGGCUUCUGGAUAUCGCCAACCUCGCCAUUGUCAUCCACCUUGUCGGAGCUUAUCAGGUGUUCUGCCAGCCGCUGUUUGCGUUCGUGGAGAAGUGGAGCGCGUCGCGGUGGCACAAGAGCGAGUUCAUCACCCGCGAGUACGAGGUGCGCAUCCCCUGCACCGGCACCACGUACAAGCUCAACCUCUUCCGAGCGGUGUGGCGGACGAUCUUCGUGGUGCUCACCACCGUCAUUUCCAUGCUCAUGCCCUUCUUCAAUGAUGUCGUCGGUAUCCUCGGCGCCUUCGGAUUCUGGCCCCUCACCGUCUACUUCCCCGUCGAGAUGUACAUUGCCCAGAAUAAGAUACGCCCCUGGACCAGCCGCUGGCUCGGCCUCCGGAUUCUCAGCUUCACCUGCCUGCUCGUCUCCCUUGCUGCCGCCUGCGGCUCCGUCGCUGGGGUCGUGCUCGACCUGAAGUCGUAUCGCCCCUUCAAGUCUACGUACUAAUUAAGUAGUGAGUAUUCCGCAUAUCAUGGCACCAUGACCAAUCAAUGCUGGUUUAUCUUUGGGUUAGCUAAUGAUCUGUAUCUUUAAAUAGCGUCUUAUUAAUCUAAUUAAAUAUUUCUCGGCUUACAAUAAA